CUAUUGGCAGGAGUGACCAGAAUAAAAACAGCAACACCAGACAUAGAGGAGGAAGAAAGCAAAGUGAGCCAUUGAACCAGAGUCUUUGCCCUCUCUUAAUUACAUUGAGUCCCAUAUCUUUUCCCUUUUUUCACCUUUUUUCCCACUCUUAAACACUUCGGGCUUGUGGUAAUUAGUUAGAAGAGAAUAAAACCAGCUGAUCGGGAGAGGGGUGGUGCAUUUUGGAGCGAGAUGGCUAACAGAAACAUUCUGUUGCUCUUCUGUGGACUCUUCCUCUUUGCACUGAUUCAGCCCUCUCUUCAAGGAGGUGUGUAUGUACCACCUGGUGCUGGGAUUGGACCCGGAGGCACUGGGCCAGGAACUGGAUUCUUUCCAGGGUCUGCUGGAGGAGUCCCCACCGGCUAUAAACCAGCUAAAGCUGCAGUAGGAGGUUAUGGAGGUGGAGGGCUUGGUGUGGGCCCAGGUUUUUUGGUGCCAGCAGGUGUUGGUGGCUUGGGCACCGGAGGACUGGGAGCGGGACAAGGUGGAAAGGCCCCUAAACCAGGUUAUGGCAAUCUAGGAGUCGGUGGUCUUGGAGGUGGUGGCCUGGGAGGUGGAGGCCAUGGAGGAGGAUAUGGUGGAUACGGAGGAGGCACUGGGGGCUUUUUCCCAGGAGUUGGACAGAAGGCUGCCAAAAGAGGUGCAGGAGGCCCUCUGCUUCCACAUGGAGGGACUGGAGGAAGUGUGCCUGGAGGCACAGGAACUGGAGCUGGAGUUCCUGCUGGAGGACCUGUUAUUCCUCAGACAGGCCUUCCUGGAGGGGCUGGUGGUGCUGCUGGAAAGAAAGCUGCCAAAGUGCCAGGUGUGGGUGUGCCUGGGCUUUACCAAGGUGGACUAGUGCCAGGAAAAGGGUUUAAUGGACGUGGAGUUCUGCCUGGGGUGGCCACUGGCACCGACCUGAAUUCCAAAUCAAUUGGAGGGGGAGGACAAGGAGGUCAAGGACCAGGAGGCCGUGUCUACAAUGGACAGAUGCAGCCAGGAGUGUUCCAUGGAUACCCCCUCAAAUCACCCCUCAAAGUGCAAGGUGGCUAUGGAGCAAAACCUGGAGGUGGCAAACUACCUUUUGGCUACGGUGGCUUUGGUACUGGACUUCCAGUAGGACAAGGUGGCCCUGGGUCAAGGCCUGGUUAUCCUGUUGGAACUGGCGUAGGGCCCGGAGGCAUCUCACCUGCUCAGGCUAAAGCUGCCAAAUAUGGUGUUGGUGGUGUUGGUGGUGUUGGAGGUGUUGGUGGCACUGGUGGCACUGGUGGACUGUAUCCAGGGCAGGUGCCAGGAGUAUAUGGAGCUGGGUCCAAGGCUGCUAAAUAUGGAGGAGUACCAGGAGGAGUACCAGGAGGUGUACCAGGAGGAGUACCAGGGGGUGUACCAGGAGGAGUACCAGGAGGAGUACCAGGGGGUGCACCUAUUGGAGUACCAGGAGGAGGUCCAGGUGGAUAUUCACCAGCUGCUAAAGCUGCUAAAUAUGGACUGGGAGGCACAGGUGGACAGUUAGGAACAGGAGGAUAUGGAGGACUAGGAGGCACAGGAGGACAGUUAGGAGGAUAUGGAGGACUGGGAGGAGGUGGAGGAUAUUCUGCUGCUGCCAAAGCUGCUAAAUAUGGAGUUGGGGGACUGGGAGGAACAGGAGGACUGGGAGGUACUGGAGGAUACUCUGCUGCUGCCAAAGCUGCUAAAUAUGGAGUAGGUGGAGUAGGAGGCACAGGACUGGGAGGAACAGGACUGGGAGGAACAGGACUGGGAGACACAGGACUGGGAGCUGGAGGAUACCCUGCUGCUGCUGCUGCUGCUGCUAAAGCUGCUAAAUAUGGUCCAGGUGGUGCAGGGGUUCUUCCAGGUGGUGGUGUAAGUGGAGGAGGAAUUCCUGGAAGAGUCCCAAUUUUACCAGGAUAUGGAUCUCUGGGGGCUGGUGCUAAACCUCCUAAAUAUGGAGUCCCAGGACCAGGCCUAGGAGGAGCUGGAGUUCUUGGAGGAGCAGGUCAGGUACUUCCUGGAGGUGGUGGCUAUGGUGGUUAUGGAGCUAAUGCAGGAGUGAAACCCCCGAAGUAUGGAGGAGCUGGAGCAGGGUUAGGAACCGGAGGACAUGGGGGGACAGGAGGAGUACCUAGUCUAGUACCAGGACUAGGAGGUGGACAAUACUCUGCUGCUGCAAAAGCUGCUAAAUAUGGGUUAGGAACAGGAGGAGGACCUGGAGGAGUUAGACCUGGAGGGGUUGGUGGUGAAGGAUAUCCAGGCGGUGUGAAACCACCAAAAUAUGGGGUCACUGGAGUAGGACUUGGCGUGCCAGGAGCUACUUCACUUACACCUGUCAGUGGUGUUCCAGAUGGCUCUGCUGUUGCGGUACCAGGUGGUACAGGUGUUGCUGGAAAACCAGCAAAGGAUGGAGGUCCUGUUGUAACCCCCCGACCAGAGCCCACGCCUAUUACCGCAGAGGUCCCACAGACCAGCGAUUUGGGGGGAAUUAUUCAGCCUAGUGGUGGCACCAGUGUAGGAGGAGUAGGUGUUGCACCCUCUGGAGUUGCAACUGGAGUCCAACAACCUGGAGGUGUUGGUGUUGGCACAGGUGGCAAAGCACCUAAACCAUUCAUUCCAGGUGGAGCAGGUUUUGGUCCAGGAGCAGGUGGAUAUCCUAUUGGUGGAUCCUAUGGAGUCCCUUAUGGUGUUGGUACCGGCACUGGAGUUGGACCUGGAGCUGGAACGUUGCCUGCAGCGAAGCCUUUGAAACCUCCAGUGGGUGGAGCAGGAAUCCCACUGGCAGCAGGAGGAUAUCAAGGGGGAUACUGGCCAUAUCAUCAUGGUUAUGGGCAGGGUGGGUUGACGUAUCCCUCUGCAGUUGGACUGGGAGGUGCUGGUGGUGGAGCUAAAGCACCCAAACCAGGCAAGGGGAGAAAUGGCAACAACUAUAGGAACAGAAACACUGGCUAUGGCAACCUCGGAGGUGGCAUUGGAUAUCAGCCAGGUGGGGUCCCUGUGGUUCCAGGUUAUGGAGGAGGUUACCCCCAACAGUACUACCAAGGUGGAUAUGUACCAGCCCCACUGACUCCUCAACAAGCCAAAGCAGCCAAGUACGGUCCAUUGCAGGGUUUCCUUGGUGGUGCAGGAGGAGGAGGAGGAGGAGGAGGAGUCUACAGAGGUGGAGUUGCAGGAUGCCAGGGCAAAUACUGUGGGAGGAGGAAGUAGAGGAUCACUUGAGACACAGCGUGACCUCAAGAAACCAUGGUGCUACUGCAUGAUCUAGAAUGUACAUUUUAUAUGCAAACAAACCCCAUUAGAAAAGUGUAAAGAUGUUGUUUUGUUUUUACUUACUUGACUUAAACGUCUGUUUUAAUACAAACCCACCGACCCAGAAUUUUGUACACGUUCUGAUGUGACGUAUGUUACUGAUAGUGCCUUUAAUCAUUAAUGUGGUCAAGUUAAUCAGCUUUAACUCCGCGCACUGCACCAGACAAAGAGUGUGUUUGUGUCAGCAUAUGUUUUUCUUGUGCAUGAAUGUGCGUGUGUUUUGUACUGUUGUGCGAAAGACUGUCUGAACAACCGGCUGCCAAUGUGACCUAUGAACGAUUUCCUCUUUGGUUUUAAUCCUAAAGCAAGGUGAGCUGUCCUUAGUGCUAAAGCCUGCACUGUCUCACCUUGUCAGGCAGAGCUUCUCUGUCAUGCCACAGGGGUUGGGUUGGUCGAGGCUUGUCCAAAAAUGGUUGAAAUCUGGCCAAUCUCAGAAUCGUUUCUGGCUCCCCGUCUUCUCCGCUGCUAUUUUUAGACCUGCUGGGUAUAAAGCAGCGGGAAUCGGGGCUCCGACCAACCCAUCUGCUCUCAGUAACUUUGCUGAUUCUAGUUGCUAUGCAGUUCAGUUUUCUCUGCAUUUUUAUUGUUGCCAAACCUGUGAUAUAUGAAGAGCAGCUUCUGCUCUGAGGAACAACAAUCAAAGAGUGUUUAAGUCAUUAAAGGAUGUUAAAAAACCACGGGAAAGCCUUUUAGUUCCAAGUAGAUUCAAAUGUAUUUCAGAUGCUACUCUGGCAUGUUGUAUGUAUCAUGUAUGUAUGAAUGUUUAAUUAUGUGUCGCUGUCCUGAAGUCUGGGAUGGAGCGCUUCUGUCUGUUUCAAAUGUUUAGUCUCAUUGCAGCAGUUAUUUACAUUUAUGUAACUUGUCAUUACAUGAUUAUUCAAGAUUUUGUUUUGCACCAUGAUUUGACUCAUAGCUUUAUUGUUAUCAGGAACGUGUGAACAUAAAACAAGAACAGUCCUUUGCUUCUGCAUUUAUUCACUGUUUAGAAUUGUAAUACAGAAUAAGACUUUGUUUAAUGGGUGUGUUUAUGUGUGGCAUAAGCUCCCAUUGUUCUUCAUUUACUUGAGCUGCUUUUAAAAAAGGCUUACUGACCAAAGGUUCAUGAGCGCUGUUGCCAAAGUGACUCCAUCUCUUUCUGUAACUGUGUACUGUAUUUUGUACUAAUUUGACAUUAACUGGCUUCAGUUCCUUUACUCUGUGCUCUGUAAGAACUAUCUUUGAGCCUCGCUGCGUCAGACCUUGUCUUUUGUGCCGUGGGAUACUCUUCAUCUUUAUUUAAAACUGUUUUUAUAAGGAGGAUCAGUGUGGUUUUGCACUUUUUAUAUUUCCACGACACACAUGUGACUUGUUCCUGGAUAUCCCAGCAUUUUAUUUGCUUCAUUAAAUAACAAAAUAAAAUGUGUUAAAAUA